UAACACCACUUAUCACCACCACCACUCCACCGACCACAAUACUAUGAAUUGAAUCUAACACAACCACCAGGCCGAAUUAUAGGUCUCGUAAUCGCCGUAGUUGUCGUCGUGGCUCUCUUCCCAAGCGCACCCUCAGAUUACAAUUUCCUCCCCUCGGUCCCCAACGCAGCGUCUCUCACAUCAUCCAAAACACGCCCGCUCAAGACGAUCGGAGACCGAAUGCGCCUGUCCGAAAAGGCGUGGGAGAGAUCCGUGGGCCUCCGCCACCAGAUGGCGCAAGCACACCCGAACCACCCGCAAGUCCCCUUCUUCCCGGCCCAAACCCUCAGCGACUUCGGCAAGUACCCGUACACGCUCUGGGACUUCUUCCCACCCGUCUACACGUGCCCGCACGACAUCCAGCGCGUGGGACGCCUCGGCGACGGCGGCAAAUGGGUCUGCGGCAUGAGCGUCUACGAGGAGACGCCCAAAGCCCCCUUCGCGAACCCGCAGGACGGCAUCGUGAUGUACAGCUUCGGCAUCAACGGAGAGUCGAGCUUCGAGGCCGAGAUGCUGGAGCGCGUGCCCAACCUCCGCAUCUGGGGCUACGAUUACUCCGUCGGCGGGUGGGGGCCCCAAAUCCCAGAGGAUGCACUCGACCGCGUCUUCUUUGGCAAGGUCGGCCUGGGCGACGAGGACGACGUAUCUCGGGACCCGCCGUUCUACAGCUUGCCGUCCCUCAUGAAGCAGAACAACCACACGUACAUGGACAUUCUGAAGAUCGACAUUGAGGGCUCCGAGUACGGCGCGCUCGACGCCAUGAUGGACGCUUUCGCCCAGUCGAACGACGGCGUGCUCCCCAUCGGUCAGGUCAUGAUCGAGAUCCACCUUGUGCGCGAUCAGACCGUCAACUUCGAGCGCUUCACCAGCUGGUGGGAGAGGCUCGAGAAGAUGGGAAUGCGCCCUACUUGGUUGGAAAUCAACCUGAUGGCCGUCACGCUCGGCAAGGGCAAGACGGACCCCAGGUGCGUUGAGUACGUUUGGGUGAAUGCGAAGGACAGGAAGAACAUCCUUUGGGAGUAAGACACCAGACGAGCGAGCGAGCGAAUGAGUGAGUGAAUUGACGGGUUAGCGAUGGUUUCGAGAGGGAGUACCCUACCCAUAUAAAUGGCGUUCACGGAGUAUCCAACGGCGGGAUUGGCGGGAUCGGCAAUCCUGCGUCCUUUAUUCCUUUUCCUUUUCUUCAUAUAUCCGGGGGCAAAGACGGCCUUCUGGACGUUGGGGACAAUUCGUGACAAAAUCCACGAAACGAACAGAGAGAUUGAAACAUUUCCAUCUUCCAUUGUAACAAUAACAAAUACCUACUACUCAAUCUUAGAACGGUUUCCGGAAAAUCCCUGGAUAGCGAGGGGAAAUACCUCAGAGUAACAACUACAAUGACGAAAUAGAAACUUAAAAAUUACCUCAUCUUA